GCCACCACUUUAGUGUUGGUUGUCACCCUCCAUCCACUUUGGUGCUGGUAUGGUGAUAUAGGCUGCUCUUUUCUGUCUGUUAGCAGCUUAUCUAUCCAGAUGUUUUUAUGGCCCUCCAGCCUUUUAAUAUCUGAGUGUCACCAAAUAUUAAAGAAAUAACACUUCACUCUCUGCUUGUAGGAGUGAAAGCUUGAGUAGAGUGUGGAUUGGGCUGGCUCGCUAGCUAGACCACAAAGACACUGGGAGGAUAUAGGCCACUGUGAUUUCUUUUUGCUCCAGAUCACUGCAAACGUAAGUGAAUGGAGAAGAGGUGGAGCAUGGUGGUGGUGGGGGACAGAUAGAUUGAUAGAGGGUCGGUGGGGAAAUUCCUUAGGUUGCACUGCCCAGUGGAAAUCUUUCUCUCCCCCGCCUCCCGUAGGCUCCUGGCAGGUGGUGGGGGGCAGUCAGCUUAUUUUUAUUGUGGAAGGAGAGGUUCAUAUCUGGAUCUUCCCACCCCUAAGGUUGAGAGGGAGUACUAGGAUUAUCCAUGUCCUCCUAGCUCAGGAAUUUGCAGGCCAGUCUGCAAAUGGUGAGUACAUUGUUCCUAAUCACUAAUGGAAACAUUCAGAUCCCCUGACUGUCACAGAGUGGUGGGGAAACCACACAUCUGGGGUGAAUUUCCUGCUUAUGGCUCAUUCCUGCUUUUAUUGUUAUCACUGAAGGUUUUGCUCCAAGUGAUUCUGUGGCACUCAAGUGACCCUAUAAACAUUUAAAAAAGUCUCCCUAAAAAAGGGCCUCUAAGGCAAAUGCAGGGGGGAGAACGGGUGACCAAUGGUAAGCCGAGGCUGGGCUAGGCAUCAGCUUCUUGCCUCUCACAGCAGCAGCUGGGAACCUCAGGCUCUGGCCAAAGACUCUAGCAGCAGCAGCAGCAGCAGCAGCAGCUUGGGAGCCUCUCUCUGCCUCUUGCCAAAGAUUCCAACAGGAGCAGCAACACACAGUAGGGCAUGGAUGGGACUCUCUCCCCUCGCUCCAUGAGACAUUACAACAGUCCUACAGACAAGUAGGCAGGGAAGGGAAAGAAACCAGAAACUACACACAAACAAAAACUGCUGCAUCUCUCUCCCUCCCUCCCUCUCUCAGAGGGCUGGUGUGUGUGUGUGUGUAUGUGUGUGGAGGGGUGGGGGGGAAGUAGCAACUCAGAUCUAAGUUGUGCAAAAAAGGUUUUGUUUUGUUUUGUUUUUUUUAAAAGUUCAAAUGCAUUUCUCUACUGUGGUGGAAGCCCUCUGACACUUAGUGAGUACUAAGCACGCUGCUUAGGCACUGGGGAGAAAAAUGAUUUCCUGUGGAAAUAUCCCCAUUUGGAGCGUGGGAUUCUGCAUAGUAUUCUUGCUGGCUCUCUUUUCUUCUUGCUAUGCACAAGAUGCCAAUGCAGAGAAGGAGCCCAGAGCUGAAGAAAUCCCAGAGGGAGCAUCCACCUUGGCAUUUGUGUUUGAUGUGACUGGCUCUAUGUAUGAUGACUUAGUUCAAGUUAUUGAAGGUGCAUCUAAAAUUUUGGAAACCUCUCUGAAAAGACCUAAGAAACCACUUUACAACUUUGCUUUGGUGCCUUUCCAUGAUCCAGAAAUUGGCCCAGUAACAAUUACCACAGAUUCCAAGAAAUUUCAAUAUGAACUCCGGGAACUUUAUGUUCAGGGUGGUGGUGACUGUCCAGAGAUGAGCAUCGGUGCAAUCAAAAUUGCUCUAGAAAUUUCUCUUCCUGGUUCUUUCAUCUAUGUAUUUACUGAUGCACGAUCCAAAGAUUAUAGGCUGACACAUGAAGUACUGCAGCUCAUUCAGCAGAAGCAGUCACAGGUUGUAUUUGUGCUGACUGGAGACUGUGAUGAUAGGUCACAUAUUGGUUACAAGGUCUACGAGGAAAUUGCCUCAACAAGUUCUGGUCAAAUUUUCCAUUUGGACAAAAAGCAAGUUAAUGAGGUGUUGAAGUGGGUAGAAGAAGCAGUGCAGGCCUCCAAAGUGCAUCUCUUAUCCACAGACCAUUUGACCUUGGCAGUAAAUACUUGGCAAAUUCCUUUUGAUCCCAGUCUGAAAGAGGUCACAGUGUCACUGAGUGGCCCUUCUCCAGUAAUUGAAAUUCAUGAUCCAUUAGGUAAGGAGAUAAGGAAAGGAUCUGGCUUGAAUGAGUUGCUAAAUAUCCAUAACUCUGCAAAGGUGGUGAAUGUAAAAGAUCCAGAACCUGGAAUGUGGACGAUUAAGACAUCCAGCAGUGGAAGACACUCUGUUCGUAUAACAGGUCUCAGUACUAUUGAUUUUCGAGCUGGUUUUUCUAGAAAGCCAACCCUAGAUUUCAAAAAAGCAUCCAGCAGACCAGUGCAAGGAAUACCUACCUAUGUGCUGUUGAAUACAACAGGUAUCUCUCUUCCAGCGAGAGUUGACCGUCUAGAACUUCUGAGUAUCACAGGGGAGCUUCUUAAGACAAUGCCUGUGAAAUACUAUCCUGAUCGAAAACCCUAUGGAAUAUGGAAUAUUACUGACUUCAUCCCACCAAACGAAGCCUUUUUUGUUAAAAUAAUGGGGUAUGACAAGGAUGAUUAUCUCUUCCAGAGAGUGUCAAGUGUUUCAUUUUCUAGUAUUGUUCCUGAUGCUCCAAAAGUUAUAAUGCCCAAGAAAACUCCAGGAUACUACCUGCAGCCAGGGUAUAUAUCUUGCCAUGUGGAAAGUCUUAUACCUUUUAUUCAGCGUUUCAGCAGAAAUGGAGUAAAACUGGGAAUGGAUCAGUUCUUCAAAGAAUCAUCUAGCAUGAACUGGGAAAUUGCCAAGGUCUCCUUGUCUGAUGAAGGAUAUUAUGAAUGCACUGCUAUUAGCAGUGUGGGCACUGGACAUGCUCAGACAUUUCUGGAUGUGUCAGAGCCCCCACCUGUGGUUCAGGUUCCUAAUAAUGUCACAGUCACCCCUGGGGAGAGAGCCAUAUUGACUUGCCUAACCUUAAGCACAGUGCGUUACAAUCUCACCUGGCAGAGAAAUGGCAAUGAUUUGAGGCUUGUGGAGCCCUCCCGAAUAAGGAUGAUGAGCAAUUUGUCUUUAGAAGUAAAAUCUGUAAAGCUCACAGAUGCUGGCGAGUACAGUUGCACUGCUUCUAAUGAAGGUGGAUCUACUGUGGCUUUUGUCUUUCUCACAGUACAAGAACCACCCAAAGUUGUCAUAUCACCUAAGAAUCAGUCUUUUACAGAAGGCUCUGAGGUGUCUAUAAUGUGUUCUGCAACAGGUUAUCCAAAGCCAAAGAUAGUCUGGACACACAAUGACAUGUUUAUCAUAAGAUCAGACAGAUAUAGGUUGAGCCCAGAAGGCACCUUGAUAAUCAAAAAGGCCAUUCCAAAAGAUGCAGGACUUUAUGGUUGUUUGGCCAGUAACUCAGCUGGGACAGAGAGACAGACUUCUACCCUCACAUACAUUGAGAGCCCAAAGUUGACUGUAGUUCACAGUGAAAUUCUGGUUGCCCUUGGAGACACGACUGUAAUGGAAUGUAAAACCACUGGGGUCCCACUUCCUCAAGUUAAAUGGUUUAAAGGUGACCUAGAGUUGAGGGCGUCGAUGUUUCUUCUUAUUGACUCUCAUCGGGGUCUUUUGAAGAUCCAGGAAACACAGGAUCUGGAUGCUGGUGAUUAUACUUGUGUGGCUAGCAAUGAUGCAGGAAGAGCAUCUGGCAAGAUAACUUUAGAUGUUGGUUGUAACUCUCCCAGUUUCACACAGGAACCUAGUGAUGAAUCUGUGGAUAUUGGAUCAAACGUGACAUUGCCUUGCUAUGUUCAGGGUUACCCAGAACCAAAGGUUAAAUGGAGACGGCUGGAUGGCACCCCUCUUUUUUCCAGACCCUUUGCAGUUAGUUCCAUCAGUCAGCUCAGAACGGGUGCCCUGUCUAUUAACAAUUUGUGGGUCAGUGAUGAGGGCACUUACAUCUGUGAAGCUGAAAACCAGUUUGGAAAGAUCCAGUCACAGCCAGCCACAAUAACAGUAACAGGACUGGUUGCACCUCUAAUUGGAAUGAGCCCAGCAGUAGCCAAUGUAAUUGAAGGACAGCAGCUUACUUUGCCUUGUGUACUGCUGGCUGGAAACCCAAUUCCAGGGCGGAAAUGGAUUAAAAAUGAUAUGGUGUUGGUCCCAAAUCCCUAUGUUAAUGUUCGCAGUGAUGGGAGUCUGCACCUUGAAAGAGUUCGGCUGCAGGAUGGAGGGGAAUAUAUCUGCAUGGCAAGUAAUGUAGCUGGGACAAACAACAAAACUACCACCGUUAGUGUAUUUGUUUUACCUAUCAUUCAACAUGGACAGCAGAUAUUCAGUACAAUUGAAGGAAUCCCAGUAACAUUACCAUGCAAAGCAAGUGGAGUUCCUAAACCAUCCAUCGUCUGGUCCAAGAAAGGAGAGCUGAUUCCUCCCCGGAAUAUGAAAUUUUCUGCCGGGUCGGAUGGAAGUUUGUAUGUAGUUUCACCAGGAGGAGAGGAGACUGGGGAGUAUAUGUGCACAGCAACAAAUGCGGCUGGUUAUGCAACACGGAAAGUCCAACUAACUGUUUAUGUGAAACCCAGAGUGUCCAGGCCUGGAGACCAGCAAGGAGGUACAUAUGACAAACCCAUAGAGAUUUCAGUGACUGCAGGGGAAGAUGUCGCACUUCCAUGCGAGGUGAAAAGUUUACCACCCCCCAUAAUUACCUGGGCCAAAGAAAUGCAGCUUAUCUCUCCAUUCUCUCCAAGACACACCUUCCUUCCCUCAGGGUCAAUGAAAAUCUCUGAGACGCGAGUUUCAGACAGCGGACUGUAUAUCUGUGUGGCCACAAAUAUUGCUGGGAAUGUGACUCAGUCAGUAAAGCUAAAUGUACAUGUUUCUCCAAAGAUACAACGUGGGCCUCGAGUUAUGAAAGUACAAGUUGGUCACAGAGUUGAUAUACCAUGCAAUGCUCAAGGGAUCCCAUCCCCAACAGUCACCUGGUUCAAAGGCAGAAGUACCAUGUUAAUAGAUGGAGGACAGUAUAUCAGCAAUCCGGAUGGAACACUGAGCAUCAGCAAAGUCCAGUUUUCAGACUCUGGAAUCUACAAGUGUGUUGCUAGUAACAUAGCUGGCAGUGAUGAAUCGGAGAUAACAAUACAAGUUCAAGAACCUCCUACAGUAGAUGAUCUUGACCCUCCUUACAACACUCCAUUUCAAGAAAGAGUUGCAAAUCAACAUGUUUCAUUUCCAUGUCCAGCAAAAGGCACCCCAGAACCUGUCAUCAAAUGGUUACGUAAUGGCAGGGAGCUUACUGGCAAUGAGCCAGGCAUUUCAAUUUUGGAGGAUGGGACACUGCUCAUCAUUGCUUCAGUCACACCGUACGACAAUGGAGAAUACAUCUGCAUAGCAGUGAAUGAAGCAGGAAGCACAGAAAGAAAAUACAAUCUGAAGGUUCAUGUUCCUCCUGAAAUUCAAGAUCAAGAAAAGGUGACAAAUGCAUCUGUAGUGGUUAAUCAACCUGUGAAUCUCUUCUGUGAAGUGUCAGGCAACCCCUUUCCCAUCAUCACAUGGUAUAAAGACGAUGUCCAGGUUGUGGAAAGCAGUACUCUCCAGAUUUUGCACAAUGGGAAGAUAUUGAAGCUCCUUAAAGUUGCUACUGGUGAUGGUGGACAGUAUUCAUGCAAAGCAACUAAUAUAGCAGGGAGUUCUGAGAAGCUAUUUAAUGUAGAUGUGCUAGUUCCACCAAACAUAAAAGGUGCUGACACACCAGCAGAAGUUUCAGUCACCCUCAACCAAGAGACCAGUCUGGAGUGUAAAGUCAAAGGCUCUCCUUUUCCUGUCAUUCAGUGGUUCAAAGAUGGCAAGCCCCUUUUUUUGGGAGAUCCUAAUAUUGAGCUUCUGGACAAAGGACAAGUUCUGCGCAUAAAGAAUGCUCGAAGACUCGACAAAGGACGCUAUCAGUGCAGUGUGACCAAUGCUGCUGGCAAACAAGUCAAGGAGGUCAAGCUGAUCAUCCAUGUCCCACCUAUGAUUAAAGGAGGAAAUGUUACUACUGAGAUAUCCACGCUGCUUAAUAGCUUAAUAAAGCUGGAAUGUGAAACCAGGGGAAUUCCAGCCCCUGCCAUUACAUGGUAUAAAGAUGGACGCCUGAUUAUUUCUAGUCCACAAGCUCUUUAUGUGGACAGGGGGCAGUUCCUUCAGAUUCCUCGGGCUCAAGUCUCGGAUUCUGCUAAGUAUACCUGCCUGGUGACCAACAUUGCUGGCACUGCUGAAAAAAUAUAUCAAGUGGAUGUCUAUGUUCCUCCAGUUAUUGAGGGUGGCUCUGACACAAUCCAGAACAAGCAGGUGGUUGCUGGCAAUUCACUGACAUUGGAGUGUAAAGCUGCUGGCAACCCCCCUCCUCUCCUUACCUGGUUAAAAGAUGGAGUGCCUGUGAAAGCAAGUGAUAACCUCCACAUUGUAUCUGGUGGGAAGAAACUGGAGAUCCUGAAUGCUGUAGAGGCCGAUCAUGGCCAGUACAUAUGUGUGGCCACCAGCAUAGCAGGAGAAAAAGAAAUCAAAUAUGAUGUUGAAAUCUUAGUCCCACCACUUGUGGAAGGGGGAGAGGAACCUUCAAACUAUAUUGUGAUCCUCCAUAGCCCCCUGGAGCUGGAUUGUCCGGCAACAGGAACCCCUCCACCGACUAUCAUGUGGUUGAAAGAUGGCCAGCCAGUUGAAGAGGGAGAUGGAUAUAAGAUCUUACUAAACGGACGCAAGCUUCUCAUCUCCCGUGCUCAAGUGUCGGACACAGGCCACUAUAAGUGUGUGGCAACAAACAAGGCAGGAGACCAUGAAAGGAAAUUGGAUAUUACUGUGCAUGUUCCUCCAACAAUCAAAUCCACUGGUCCUUCUGAGAGAGCUGUGGUGGUAUACAAACCCAUGACACUGCAAUGCAUAGCCAAUGGUAUUCCAAGCCCUUCUAUUACGUGGUUAAAAAAUGGCCAGCCAGUAAACACAGCCAGAGGAAAUAUACGACUGGAGUCUUCAGGCCGCAUUCUGCAAAUUGCCAAGGCCCUCCUGGAAGAUGCUGGUAGAUACACCUGCGUGGCAACAAAUGCUGCAGGAGAAGCCCAGCAGCACAUUCGGCUUCACGUGCAUGAACCACCCAGUGUGGAGCAUGCAGGAAAGAUGUUAAAUGAAACCGUGGUGGUGAAUAACCCAAUCCACCUUGAGUGCAAAGCAUCUGGGAAUCCUUUGCCAGCUAUCACAUGGUACAAAGACAGUCAUCCACUUGCUAGUGCUGCAAAUGUCAUGUUCUUAAACAGGGGGCAAAUCGUUCAGCUUGACAGUGCCCAGAUCUCUGACACUGGCAUUUAUAAAUGUGUGGCUGUCAAUACAGCAGGAACAGCUGAGCUCUUUUACAACCUGCAGGUUCAUGUGCCCCCAUCAAUUUCUGGCAAGAAUGAGAUGGUGGCAGUGGUGGUUAAUAAUCUAGUGAGGCUGGAAUGUGAAGCCAGAGGUAUCCCUUCACCCAUUUUGACUUGGCUGAAAGAUGGUAGCCCUGUUUCCAGCUUUUCUGAUGGACUCCAGGUUCUCUCUGGGGGUCGUGUCUUGGUACUGACAAGUGCUCAGAUCAGUGACACAGGAAAGUAUAUCUGUGUUGCAGUGAAUGCUGCUGGGGAGAAACAAAGGGAUAUUGAUCUCAGAGUUUAUGUUCCACCAAACAUUAUGGGAGAAGAACAGAAUGCCUCUGUGCUUAUCAGCCAAGCAGUGGAGCUGCGCUGCCAGAGCAAUGCCAUUCCCCCACCCAUGCUGACUUGGCUCAAAGAUGGCCGACCUUUGUUGAAGAAACCAGGCCUCAGCGUCUCUGAAGAUGGAAGUGUAUUGAAGAUUGAAGAAGCUCAGGUUCAAGACACUGGACGUUACACUUGUGAAGCCACAAAUGUUGCUGGGAAAACAGAAAAGAACUAUAAUGUCAAUAUUUGGGUGCCACCAAGUAUUUAUGGUUCAGAUGAACUCUCCCAGUUGGCAGUAAUUGAAGGAAGCCUUAUCAGUUUGGUAUGUGAAUCCAGUGGUAUUCCACCACCAAGCCUUACCUGGAAAAAGAACAGUUCUCCAUUGCUGGCUGACCCUACAGGAAGAGUCAGGGUGCUGUCUGGAGGCAGACAGUUGCAGAUUGCAAUUGCUGAAAAAUCUGAUGCUGCAUCCUAUAUGUGUCUGGCUUCAAACAUAGCUGGAAACACAAAGAAAGAAUACAAUUUGCAAGUUUAUGUUCGCCCAACUAUACUGAACAGUAGGAACCACCCUUUUGAAGUUGUUGUAACCAGAGGGAAUAAUAUUUCACUGGAGUGCAAAGUACAGGGUAACCCACAGCCAGCAAUAACCUGGAUGAAAGAUGGUCAUCCCCUUGUCAAUGGGAGGGGAGUAGAAAUACUGAAUGAUGGACAUCUUCUUCAGCUGAAGAAUGCCCAGGUGUCUGACACUGGCCGCUACGUGUGUGUUGCUGUGAAUGUGGCAGGACUGACUGACAGAAAAUAUGAUUUAAACAUUCAUGUCCCUCCAAAUAUUGUAGGUGACCUGGAAGUGCCUGAAAACAUCAGCACUGUGGAGAAAAAUCCUGUCACUCUGAUUUGUGAAGCAUCUGGAAUUCCCUUGCCAUCAAUAACAUGGCUCAAGAAUGGACGGCCUGUCCCCUUGAAUAGCUCUGUCAGAAUUCUGUCAGGGGGUAGGACACUGCGUUUAAUGCACACUAAAGUGGAAGAUGCGGGUCAAUAUACCUGUAUAGUAACCAAUGCUGCAGGAGAAGUGAGGAAACAUUUUGGCCUUUCAGUUUUAGUGCCCCCAGGGAUUGUGGGUGAGAAUAAACUGGAGGAUGUGAAAGUGAAAGAAAAACACAGUGUUAUAUUAACUUGUGAAGUCAUAGGGAAUCCUGUACCACAGAUUACAUGGUUAAAAGAUGGACAGCCUCUUACCCAGGAUGGAGAUCACCAGAUUCUUUCCAGUGGACGUUUUCUUCAAAUCACCAAUGCUCAAGUUACUUACACAGGGCGGUAUACAUGUGUUGCAUCCAGUAUAGCUGGUGACAAAAGCAAAAGUUACAGUCUCAAUGUACUUGUGUCUCCAACCAUUGCGGGUACAGACAGUCAUGGCAAUGCAGAAGAGGUCACUGUUAUCCUGAAUAGCCCCACAUCCCUGGCUUGUGAGGCUUAUUCAUACCCACCAGCUACAAUUACCUGGCUAAAAGAUGGAGCUCCACUGGAAUCUAACAGAAAUAUCCGAAUUUUGCCAGGAGGGCGAAUCCUGCAGAUUCUAAAUGCACAGGAGGACAGUGCUGGCAGAUACACCUGCAUAGCCACAAAUGAAGCUGGGGAAACACUGAAACACUAUGAAGUGAAAAUCUACAGUAAGUUUUUUCCACCCAUCAUUAACAAAGGAGAUAUCUCAAGGAUGGGUCUCUCUCCUAAAGAAGUGAAGAUCAAAGUAAACAACAGCCUUACUCUAGAGUGUGAAGUUCAUGCGAUUCCUGCUGCUGCUAUCAGCUGGUACAAGGAUGGACAGCCUAUUAAACCAGAUGCUCACGUUACCAUCCAAGCCAGUGGCCGGACUCUGCAGAUAAAGGAAGCUCAGGUAUCAGACACUGGUCGUUACAUGUGUGUGGCAUCCAACGUUGCUGGAGAGGAUGAAAUAGAAUUUGAUGUGAACAUACAAGUUCCUCCUAGGUUUCAAAAACCUCGCAGAGCAUGGGAAGUUGGUCACACAGUAGAUACAGGCAGAGGUGGAGAAACCAAAGAUGUGAUUGUCAACAAUCCUCUUUCUCUGUAUUGUGAGACCAAUGCUAUGCCCCCUCCUGUUCUCACCUGGUAUAAAGAUGGCUACCCUCUGAGCUCCAGUGAUAAAGUACUGAUAUUGCCAGGAGGUAGAGUGUUACAGAUUCCACGGGCUCAGGCAGAAGAUGCUGGGAGAUAUACAUGUGUGGCUGUAAAUGACGCUGGAGAAGAUUUCAUUCAAUAUGACGUCCAUGUGCUCUUGCCACCAUCCAUUAAUGGUGCUGAUGAGCCAGAAGAGGUCACUGUGCUUGUGAACAAGACCACAGUGAUGGAAUGCAUGGCGACUGGCAGCCCUGCUCCAAACAUAACUUGGCAAAAGGAAGGACAGCUCCUAGCAGAAGACGACCACCACAAAUCUUUAUCUGGUGGAAGGAUGUUACAGAUCCUAAAUUCCCAAAUAACAGAUACCGGCAGGUAUGUCUGUGUUGUGGAGAACAUAGCCGGAAGUGCCAAAAAGUAUUUUAACCUUAAUGUUCACGUUCCUCCGAGUGUUGUUGGUACUAAUUUUGAGAAUUUGACUGUGGUGGUGAAUAAUUUCAUCUCCUUGACCUGUGAGGUCACUGGCUUCCCACCUCCCGAUCUCAGCUGGCUCAAGAAUGGAAAACCUAUCAGCUUGAAUAAUGCUCUCAUUGUGCCUGGUGGUCGGACUCUGCAAAUUUCUCGAGCCAGACUCUCAGAUGGUGGUGAAUACAUUUGUAUAGCCAGAAACCAAGCUGGAGAAAGCAAGAAAAAGAAUUUCCUUACUGUUUAUGUCCCCCCGAAUAUUAAAGACCACAGUGGAGCAUCUCUUGUAGUGGUGACUGUGAGACUGGGAAUUCCAGUGACCUUAGAGUGUGAGUCCAAUGCAGUCCCACCACCUGUUAUCACAUGGUACAAGAAUGGAGGCAUGAUCACACAGUCGCAAAUAGAGAUUCUAGCAGAUGGACAAAUGCUACAAAUCAAGAGUGCUGAGGUGUCUGACACUGGCCAGUAUGUGUGUAAAGCCAUAAACAUUGCAGGGCGAGAUGAUAAAAAUUUCCAUCUUAAUGUUUAUGUGCCACCAAGUAUAGAAGGCCCUGAACAAGACUGGAUCAAUGAAACGAUCAGUAACCCUGUCGCCUUUGCAUGUGAUGCUACUGGAAUUCCUCCACCAACACUUAUGGCUAAAGAAUGGGAACAUCUCGAAAAUUCUGACUCACUUGAAAUACAUAUUUUGUCUGGAGGAAGUAAGCUGCAGAUUGCUCGCUCUCAGCAUUCAGAUAGUGGAAACUACACUUGCAUUGCCUCAAAUGUAGAAGGAAAAGCGCAGAAGAGUUACAUCCUUUCCAUUCAAGUUCCUCCAAAUAUCGUUGGAUCUGAAACGCCAAGUGAAGUCGGCGUCCUCCUUGGGGAAAGUAUCCAGCUUGUCUGCAAUGCCAAAGGAAUUCCCAGACCUGCUAUUCAGUGGCUUAAAGAUGGAAACCCAGUUACCAGAAAUGAUUCACAAAGAAUAAGAGUGACUCCAGAUGGCAGCACCUUAAAUAUUUUCGGAGUGCUCACAUCUGAUAUGGGAAAAUACACUUGUGUGGCUUCUAAUCUUGCAGGAGAAGAGGAUCGAAUUUUCAACUUGAAUGUAUAUGUUCCGCCAGCAAUUGCUAAUAAUAAAGAUGAAGCAGAGAAACUAACUGCCAUACAGGAUGCCUCCAUAAACAUUGAAUGUACUGCUGUUGGCACCCCACCACCACAAAUAAACUGGCUUAAGAAUGGACUUCCUCUCUCUAUCUCAUCCCAGAUUAGGUUGUUGUCAGCUGGACAGAUUCUCAGAAUUGUGAGAGCUCAGUUGUCUGAUGUUGGUGUGUACACUUGUGUAGCAUCUAACAGAGCUGGAGUGGACAAUAAACACUAUAAUCUUCAAGUUUAUGUACCACCAAGCAUGGACAAAGCAGGAGAAACAGAGGAAGUGACUAUAGUAAAAGGCAAUCCAACUUCUAUGAUGUGCUUUACUGAUGGCACCCCCACCCCCAAUAUAUUAUGGCUUAAAAAUGGACAGUCCCUAAACCUUGGAACCCAUCUGACUAUAAGUAAUCAAGGAAUGGUCCUUCACAUUUCAACGACGGAGACUGAUGACACAGGCAGAUUUACCUGUAUAGCAUCCAAUGAAGCAGGGGAAGUCAACAAGCACUUUACCCUGAAAGUGUUGGAGCCCCCUCAUAUCAAUGGAUCUGAUAAACCAGAAGAGAUAUCUGUGGUUGUUAACCACCUACUGGAGCUUUUUUGUAUGUCUGCUGGCAUUCCAGUCCCCAAAAUCACAUGGAUGAAGGAUGGGCGCCCACUCCCACAGAAUGACAAUGUUCACGUCCUGAGAGGAGGAGAGGUCCUUCGAAUAGCCAGUGCUCAGGUGGAAGACACAGGAAGAUAUACAUGUUUGGCAUCUAGUCCUGCAGGAGAUGAUGAUAAAGAAUAUCUAGUAAGAGUGCAUGUUCCCCCUAACAUUGCUGGCACCAGUGGGCCUCAGGAGCUCACUGUGCUGCAAAACAGACAAGUUAUAUUGGAGUGCAAGUCAGAUGCAGUGCCACCUCCUACAAUCACAUGGCUUAAAGAUGGAGAACUUUUACAGGUAACUCCUCGAGUCCGCAUCCUAUCCAGUGGCCGGUAUCUGCAGAUCAAUGCUGACCUAAGUGAUACAGGAAGCUAUACCUGUGUGGCAAGUAACAUAGCAGGAAAAACUACCAGAGAGUUUGUGCUGACUGUAAAUGUUGCUCCCACAAUCAAAAGUGGUCCUCAGACAGUUGUUGUGAAUAUAAAUAAGUCUGCUGUUCUGGAGUGUGUUGCAGAAGGAAUACCAACCCCAAGAAUUACAUGGAGAAAGGAUGGGGCUAUUUUUGCUGGAAACAAUGCCAGAUAUUCAGUGUUAGAGGAUGGGUCCCUGUACAUUCAGACAGCCGUUACUGACACUGGACGAUAUUUAUGUAUGGCAACCAAUGCAGCUGGUACUGAACGCAAGCGAAUUGAUCUACAGAUCCAGGUUCCUCCAUGUAUCGCUCCUGGACCCACCAAUAUACAGUUAUUUAAAUGCCAAACCACCCUCCCCUGCGAGACCACUGGAAUCCCAGGCCAGCAUAAGUGGGAAGAAGAAUGGCAUGUCCGUAAUGUUGAUCAAAAAUUGCUUUAUUUCAGGCUUUUGUCUUCAGGUUCCCUACUUAUCAUUUCUCCUACUGUGGAUGACACUGCAGUCUAUGCAUGCACUGUGUCAAAUGAUGCAGGAGAGGAUCAAAGACAUGUUCUCCUUGCUUUAGUGCCCCCAUCCAUAGCAGAUGCUACCGAUCUUCUGGUAACAAAACUGUCUCCAGCAGUAAUUUCCUGCACUGCUUCAGGUAUUCCUGUCCCCUCAAUUCACUGGAAAAAUGGGAUACAACUCCUUCCCAGAGGAGAUGGCUACAGGAUUCUGUCUUCAGGAACAAUUGAAAUAACUGCACAGUUAGACCAUGCAGGAAGGUAUACCUGUGUGACCCAAAAUGCUGCUGGCACUGCACACAGACAUGUUACUCUUCACGUUCAGGAGCUACCAAUUAUUCAGGUGCAGCCAGGAACACUAGAUGUUAUCCUGAACAACCCCAUUCUUUUACCAUGUGAAGCAACAGGUACACCUCGUCCCGUAAUAAUGUGGCAGAAGGAGGGCAUCAAUGUAAACACAACAGGCAAUAGUUAUACAGUUCUUCCCAGUGGUAGUUUACAGAUUGCAAGAACAGCUGUUGAGGAUGCUGGCACUUACAUGUGUGUGGCUCAGAAUCCAGCUGGUACUGCCCUAGGGAAGAUUAAGCUAAAGUUCAAGUUCCUCCAGCUACCCAGUGCUGAGAUCAUAUGGCACAAAGAAGGACAGCAGGUACAGAGUCCUUUGGCAGCGAUUCUCAGCACUGGGGCUUUGCAGAUUGCAUUUGUACAUCCUGGUGACACUGGACAUUACUGCAUGGCUGCAAAUGUGGCAGGAUAGAGUUCUAGCAUGGAACUCAUUGUGCACAUUCCACCAAAAAUCCGUAGUUCAGAGGUGAUGCAGCACACAGUCAUUGAGAAUUCCCAGGCUGUUCUGUCAUGUGUGGCUGAUGGUAUCCCAACACCAACAAUAAACUGGAAGAAAGACAAUAUACCUUUAACAGACACAAUAGGAAAAUACAGAGCUAUGCAGUACGGAGAUCUCAUUUUGGAAAAUGCUGUUCCUGAAGAUUCUGGCAGUUAUACCUGUGUUGAGCAUGCUGUUGGUGAAGAUAUACACACUGUCAGCCUGAUGGUCCACGUGCUUCCAGCUUUCACUGAACUGCCUGGAGACAUAGCUUUGAAUAAGAGAACACUCAGGUUAACUUGUAAAGCAACUGGGACUCCUCUACCCAAAAUAACUGGGACUUUUAACAACAAUAUUGUCCCUGCAAAACUUGACAAUGCUAAUGGACACAGUGAACUAGUUAGAAGAGUAUCUAAAGACGACUCUGGUACCUAUGUGUGUACAGCAGAAACACAGUUGGCUCUAUAAAGGGGCUAUUGGAUUGUGUAUGUCAAAGAGCCUCCAGUCUUCCAAGGGGAUUAUUAUUCUAGCUGGAUUGAGCCCUUGGGUAGUAAUGCUAUAUUGAACUGUGAGGUCAGAGGAGAUCCACCUCCAACAAUCCAAUGGAGCAAAAAAGGAGUUGGCAUUCAGAUUAGCAACAGGAUCCGACAACUCAGCAAUGGUUCUCUUGCCAUCUACGGCACUGUUAAUGAGAGCUGGUGACUAUAUGUGUAGCUACACAAUGAUGCCGGCAUGGUCGAGCGCGUUCUAUCCUCUCUCUCAGGUCCUCCAGUUAUUACAGUUGAACCAGUAGAGAUGGUGGUUGAUGCUGGUACCACAGCAAUCGUGAACUGCCAAGCAAAUGGAGAACCUACUCCAACCAUUGAGUGGUCCCGCCAAGGCCAUCGCAAUGACAGAGUGACUGUCUUGUCUAAUGGCUCCUGUAUUGUUGCAGCACAGAAAGAGGAUACCUCUGAAUAUGAAUGUGUGGCUAGGAAUCUGAUGGGAUCAAUCCUUGUUCGAGUGCCAUUCACUGUCCAAGUGCAUGGCAGAUUUUCAGAAUGGUUUGAAUGGCGACCAUGUAGUGUAACUUGUGGUCAAGGUGCGAAGAGGAUCCGUCAGUGUAACAACCCUCUCCCUGCAAAUGGUGGGAGGCACUGUCAGGGGCGUGAUACGAUAACGCAGCUGUCGGAAAAACCAUGUGCAGUGGAUGGCAACUGGUCAGAGUGGGGGUCUUGGGAAGAGUGUUCGAGAACCUGUGGACAAGGUAACAAGACCAGAACCAGAACUUGUAGUAACCCAACAACUCAACAUGGCGGAAGACCAUGUGAUGGCAAUGUUGUGGAAUCGAUCAUGUGUAACAUCAGGCCUUGUCCAGGUGAGAAGAGUGUUGGAAGGUCAUGGGGCUCUUGGCUGCCAUGGGGACCUUGCAGUGAUACUUGUGGGAAAGGUACUCAGACCAGACUGAGGCUGUGCAAUAACCCUCCUCCAUCAUUUGAUGGGUCAUAUUGUGAGGGGCCCAAUACACAGAUGCAGGUCUGCAACAAGAGACACUGUCCAGUGGAUGGGAAAUGGGCCACGUGGGUUGGCUGGAGUGCCUGUACCGUAUCCUGUGGAGGAGGCACCAGGCAGAGGACAAAGGACUGCUCAGACCCAGCCCCUCAGUUUGGAGGGCACAAAUGUGAAGGAAAUGAUGUACAAAUUGACUUCUGCAACAGUGACCCUUGCCCCAGUAAUGGGAUCUGGGGUCCAUGGAGUGGUUGGGGAACUUGCAGCCGAACAUGCAAUGGAGGCCAGAUGAGGAGAUAUCGGACCUGUGACAACCCUCGCCCUGUCAAUGGUGGAAGAGCAUGUGGAGGGGCUGACACGCAGAUACAGAGAUGUAACACUGACUUAUGCCCUGUGGAUGGAAACUGGGGAACAUGGCAAGCUUGGACUGGAUGCUCUGCUUCUUGCGGAGGAGGGGAGCAGACCCGAACACGGCUGUGCACUAAUCCAGCCCCCUCAAAUGGUGGACGUCCUUGCCCAGGAGACUCUUCACAGCUUUCCAGGUGUAACAUCCAAGCAUGUCCAGGUGGGCCUCCACAUGCCAGAGGAAGUGUUAUUGGACAUAUUAAUGAUGUUGAAUUUGGAAUUGCUUUCCUGAAUUCCACAGUAACAGAUAGCCCUGAUUCUGACACUAGAAUAAUACAAGCAAAGAUCACAAAUGUCCCUCGGAGUCUUGGUACAGCAAUGAGGAAGUUAGUUUCCAUUCUAAAUCCUAUUUAUUGGGCAGCUGCAAAGGAAAUUGGAGAAGCAGUGAAUGGAUUUACUCUCACCAACGCAAUCUUCAAGAGAGAGACUCAAGUGGAAUUUGCAACUGGAGAGAUUUUGCGAAUGACUCAUAUUGCCCGUGGUUUGGAUUCAGAUGGAGCAUUACUUCUGGAUGUGGUAGUGAAUGGCUAUGUUCUGCAGCUACAGUCCUCAUCUGAUGUUAAUGUGAAGGAUUACACGGAAGACUAUAUUCAGAUUGGCCCUGGACAACUGUAUGCCUACUCUACGCGGCUCUUCACCAUAGAUGGAGUUAGCGUACCAUAUACAUGGAACCACACCAUUACCUAUGAUCACACUCGAGGAAAAAUGCCAUUCCUGCUCGAAACACUCCGGGCUUCCUCUAUUGCAACAGAGUACAACCCAUUAGAAGAAACACUAGCUUUUAGAAUCCAUGCUUCCAUUGCAAAAGGAGACCAUAGCAAUCAGUGUCCUACUGGGUUUGGUCUGAACUCUACUGGGCCCUUCUGUUCAGAUGAAGAUGAAUGUGCAGUGCGAAAUCCUUGUUCUCAUGCAUGUCAUAAUGCUAUAGGAACCUAUUACUGCUCCUGCCCCAGAGGCCUCACUAUAUCAGCAGAUGGAAGAACGUGUCAGGAUAUUGAUGAAUGUGCAUUAGGUGGACAUACCUGCCAUGCUGCUCAAGAAUGUGAGAAUAUCAUUGGCUUCUAUCGUUGUGUGGUUAGGUGUGGAAUUGGCUUUAGAAGAACAUCUGAUGGAUUGAGCUGUCAAGAUGUUAAUGAAUGCCAAGAGUUCAACUCCUGUCAUCAGCGCUGCUUCAAUACCAUAGGAAGUUUCCACUGUGGCUGUGACCCCGGAUAUCAGCUAAAAGGCAGAAAAUGCAUGGAUGUAAAUGAAUGCCGGCAGAAUGUAUGCCGACCAGACCAGCACUGCAAGAACACACGUGGUGGUUAUAAGUGCAUUGACCUGUGUCCAAAUGGAAUGACCAAAGUAGAAAACGGAACAUGCAUUGAUAUUGACGAAUGCAGAGAUGGUACCCAUCACUGCAGGUACAAUCAGAUUUGUGAGAACCGAGGGAGCUACCAUUGCACAUGUCCAAGAGGGUAUCGAUCCCAGGGAGUUGGAAGACCUUGUUCAGACAUUAAUGAAUGUGAACAAGUGCCUAAACCGUGUGCAUUUCAAUGUGCCAACACCCCCGGCAGCUUCAAGUGUAUCUGUCCACCUGGACAACAUUUAUUAGGUGAUGGGACAUCUUGCGCUGGAUUGGAGAGGUUGCCAAAUUAUGGCACCUAUUACAAUAACUAUAACUAUGCUCAAUUCUCCCCUGUGAGAGACAACUAUCAACCUCAACAGUUUUACAGGCACACCUCAGAUCUCUACAGCUCCUACUCAGAGUAUAGAAACAGCAGAAUACCUCUCUCCAGGACUAAAAGGAAUAUUAGAGAAUCUUGCCCUGGAGGCUAUGAGGCACGAAAUGACAAAUGUAUAGAUAUUGAUGAAUGUGAAAACAGAGAUGCCUGUCAGCAUGAGUGUAGAAACACCCUAGGAAGUUAUCAGUGUGUCUGUCCAACUGGUUAUCGUCUUAUGCCCAAUGGCAAAGCAUGCCAAGAUGUUGAUGAGUGCCUUGAACAGAACAUUCACUGUGGACCAAAUCGCAUGUGCUUUAACAUGAGAGGAAGCUACCAGUGUAUAGAUACACCUUGUCCACCAAACUAUCAGCGAGAUCCUCUUUCUGGCUUCUGUCUUAAGAACUGCCCACCUAAUGAUUUGGAAUGUGCUCUUAGCCCAUAUGCCUUGGAAUACAAACUCGUUUCCCUGCCAUUUGGAAUAGCUGCCAAUCAGGAUUUAAUUCGACUGGUUGUCUACACUCAAGAUCGAGUGAUGCAUCCCAGAACAACUUUCCUUAUGGUAGAUGAGGACCCAACAAUCCCAUUUGCUCUCAGAGGUGAAAACUUAAAAGGUGUAGUGUUCACAACCAGGCCACUGCAAGUGCCAGAGACAUACCGGAUGAGAGUCAAAGCUUUGUCCUACAGCGCUGAUGGAAACAUUGAAUAUCAGACGACUUUCAUUGUUUAUAUAGCUGUGUCUGCCUAUCCAUAUUAAAAAGCACACUUCAGCCAGUAAUUGAAGUAUUUUAACCAUAUUCGUAAGUGCCAGUGGGUAUUACCACUUCCAGACUGACAGUACUGCCUCCUCUUAAAAACAAUUGCAAACCUUGCAGCAUAAAAGUGGUGCUAUGCUCUUUUCUUUUGCUUUCCCUGAAGAUGCCAAUAUUUCCAUUAUUCCAAUUUAAAAAAAUCCAGGGUUCUAAGGAGCCUUUACCACUUGCUUUAUUUAUUACACUGGAGCAGUAACUUUCCACAGAUGGUUCUGAAAAUUCACCAGAACAAAUCAGAAAUGCAAGGUGGAAUUUUAGUGGUCAAAGUAGUAGACAAAAAUCAGUCUAAUUUUAAGAAGCUAAACAGAACUAGCAUUUCUGCUAGUUUUUAAGGGUUGCUAAAUGUUUUACAAAUUUAUCUGCUGAAAAAUGAUAUUUUUCUUACCAAAUACUUGAUACAAAUAGGUUUGUAUGUACAUUGUUUCAUUUGGUCAAAAAGGAAAAAUACCACUCUACACUCAAAAAUGCUAAAAUGGAUGCCAUACUGGUGCUUAUUUUCACUUGGAAAUUUUUGAAUAGGAACCUGUGACAUUCGUGUGAUUUCAGCCAUGCCAUUACUGUUUCAAAGAAAAAAAAUACAUAGCUACUUCCACCUUAGAAAGCAGAUAUUUUAUGAUAAAAAUCUUACUCUGACAUUUUGGUGUAACCCAUUAAUUUAGCUCCAGAUCUUCCACAUUCCACUAUUCCUGGUUGGCUGUUUUGUUUUUGAAAAUGGAACUUUUCCCCCAAAAAUCUAGCAAGUUUGGUUCAGCAAAAUAGUAGGUGUCAAUACACUGUAUAAAGGAGGUAACAAACUCUGGAAGUAAUUUUGUCAAGAUGUAUUCUAUUUUUAUGAAAUGUAUAUAUGUGAUUUCCCCCGUAUGUAUUUUCUAUGCAAUAUCUUGAGUGUUUUACAAUAACAUUUCUACCAAAGGAUAAUGUUACAUCAGAAAUAAUCAAAUAAAGAUUCACUUUUUCUUAA